UAUUGAUUGAGGCUGAAAUAGAUACGGGAGAAGUCGAAGAUGCAUUUUCAUGGAAAAAAUUAUGGAAAUAUACCGGUCCCGGAUUCUUAAUGUCUAUAGCAUAUUUAGAUCCGGGUAACCUAGAAGCCGACCUUCAAUCUGGUGCAUCCGCAGGAUAUUCAUUGCUCUGGUUGCUGUUAGUUGCACAUAUUGCUGGUCAAUUAAUACAGUGUUUGUCGGCUCGAUUAGGGGUUGUUACAGGAGAACAUCUUGCACAAUUGAUUAAACAACAUUAUUCGCGUCCAGUAUCUAUUGCAUUUUGGAUAAUAACAGAAAUUGCAAUUAUCGGUUCAGAUAUUCAAGAAAUAGUUGGCACAGCGAUUGCUUUCAGAAUUAUUUUUGGAAUCCCACUUUGGGUAGGAACAUUGUUAACGGCAAUAGACACAUUCACAUUUAUGCUAUUGCAAAAUUACGGCGUAAGAAAACUUGAAGCAGUAUUCAUGGUGUUGAUUGGGACGAUGGCGACGUGUUUUUGGAUUGAAAUGUAUAUGUGCAGUCCUGACGUUGGUGAAAUAAUUAAAGGUUCCUUAAUUCCUAUUAUACCUAGGAGUGCUUAUGUACAAGCUGUAGCAAUGAUAGGCGCAUUUAUUAUGCCGCAUAAUUUAUAUCUUCACUCUGCUCUGGUGAUGACGCGUAAAACCGAUCCUUCAUCUAAUUCCAAAAUCAAAGAAUCAAACUUUUAUUUUGCCAUAGAGAGUGGAAUCGCGUUAUUUUUUUCAUAUUUAAUUAACAUGGCGAUUGUUGUGGUUUUUGCCCGAGUUUUUUAUUCACCUGACGAAGAUAAACCUUUACCAGGUUUGUUUGACGCGGCCGACGUUUUAUCAAAUACUUUAGGAGGUGCAUCCCGGUAUUUAUGGGCACUUGGUUUGUUGGCAGCUGGAAACAGUUCCACCAUAACAGGAACUUUGGCUGGGCAAUUUAUUAUUGAAGGAUUUUUUGGAAAGAUCUUUAGUAAAUCAUGGCAUCGUUUAAUCAUAACACGAUCCAUUGCCUUGGUGCCUUCUAUGCUUGUAGCUGUAUAUUCGGUAAGGUAUCACAUAAAUGAUUGA